CCCUUCUGCAAAUGUUCAACUUGGGUGACCGCCCACCCUCGGAGCCCGGCCCCCACGGCCGAGGUAGGAAGCGGAAGUGGCGUCUUGGGUCCGCGCCUGGAGGAGAGAGUCGCCUAGGUCAUAGUGCGUUGCAGCGUGUCCUUGGUGAGGGCCCCGUUAAGGGAGAGUCUCAGAUGCACGGAGAGCCUUUCAGGACAAGUUUGCCAGGCUUUUGAGGCACUUCCUUGGACAGGUCUGGCCCGUCCUCUCAUGUCAGCCCGGACCUGAGCCCCCCACCUUCAGCGAGGUCCUAGGAUGUGUGAAGGUCAGCCGCUACACUGGUCCCUGAGUCAAUCCUAGUAGAACCAGAUGGUGUUCUUUCUAAGGAUUCUUUCUGCCUUCCUGAGGAAAAGAUAGAUGUAUAAAAGAUGGUAGUUGAGUGUUUGACAAAUUGUCCUCAGGGCUCAGUGACCUUCACUGAUGUGGCUGUGGACUUCACCCAGGAAGAGUGGACUUUACUGGACCCCUUUCAGAGAAAGUUAUACAGAGAUGUGAUGCUGGAGAACUACAGCAACCUGACCACAGCAGGCUAUCAGGCGUUGAAACCCUCUCUGAUCUCUUGGUUGGAAAAAGAAGAGUUGAGGACUGUGGAGAGAGGAGUCUUCCAAGAAUGGGAAAUGCAACUUAAAAGCAAAGAGUCACCAAUUCAGCAGGAUAUUUUGGGGCAAGAAACAUCAAAUAGGAUAGAAAUGGUAAGGAGUGACAACGGACGGGAACUCUAUGACUGUGAGCAAUAUGGGAAAGACUUCAGUGACCACUUGUGCCUUAGGACACAGAAGAGAACUCAAAGUGGAGGACAGACUUUUGAAGAUAACCAGUAUGGAAAAAGCUUCCUUACCCUACACAACAAAUCCUUUACUAGAGAAAAAAGUUCCAUUUUUAAUCACGGUGGAAAAGCCUUCAGGCUGACUCCGGAUAUUGUAUACCGGAAAUCUAGCAUACAAGAGAAAGCCUUAGAAUGCAGAGACAGUGAAAGAGCCUUUGUUAAUGAGUCUUACCUUCAGGCACAAGUGAGAACUCAGAAUAAAGAAAAACCCUGUGAACAGAAGGAAUGUGGGAGAGCUAUUCAGUCAACAAGCCUUCAUGCACAUGUACCAACUCACACUGCUAACAAAUGUUAUAGAUAUGAGGAAUCUGGAAAAGUCCCUGCUGCCUCCCUAAGCCUUAGUAGACAUAUAAAAACACACACUGGAGAGAAGCCUUUUAAAUGUGACAUAUGUGGGAAAACCUUUAGAUUGUCUUCAUACCUUCUUCUUCAUAGUCGAAUUCACACUGGAAUAAGACCCUACAAAUGUAAGGAAUGUGGGAAAGCCUUUGGAUGGUCCUCACACCUUCGUGUUCACAGUCAAAUUCACUCUGGAAUAAAACCCUACAAAUGUAAGGAAUGUGGGAAAGCCUUUCGAUUGUCCUCACAGCUUCGUGUUCACAGUCAAAUUCACACUGGAAUAAAACCCUACAAAUGUAAGGAAUGUGGGAAAGCCUUUCGAUUGUCCUCACAGCUUCAUGUUCACAGUCAAAUUCACACUGGAAUAAAACCCUACAAUUGUAAGGAAUGUGGGAAAGCCUUUCGAUUGUCCUCACAUCUUCGUGAUCACAGUCAAAUUCACACUGGAAUAAAACCCUACAAAUGUAAGGAAUGUGGGAAAGCCUUCAGGUCGUCCUCAUACCUUCGUGUUCACAGUCUAAUUCACACUGGAAUAAAACCCUACAAAUGUAAGGAAUGUGGGAAAGCCUUUAGAUGGUCCUCACACUUUGGUGUUCACAGUCGAAUUCACACUGGAAUAAAACCUUACAAAUGUAAGGAAUGUGGAAAAGACUUCAAAGGUUCUGAGCUCUUUAAUAUUCAUAUGCGAACCCACACUGGAGAGCAACCGUAUAAAUGUAAGGAAUGUGGGAAGACCUUCACUGGAUCCUCAGGUCUUUGUCAACAUAGGAAAACUCACACUGCAGAGAAGCCUUUUAAAUGUGACACAUGUGGGAAAACCUUUGCUCGAUCCUCAGGCCUUACUCAACAUAGGAAAACUCACACUGGUCAAAAGCCUUUUAAAUGUGACACGUGUGGGAAAAACUUCACUUAUUCCUCAAACCUUAAUCAACAUAUGAAAACUCACACUGGAGAAAAGCCUUUUAAGUGUGACACAUGUGGGAAGAGGUUCACUCAAUCCUCAAGCCUUACUCAACAUGUGAAAACUCACACUGGAGAAAAGCCUUUUAAGUGUGACACAUGUGGGAAAAGCUUCACUCAAUCCUCAGGCCUUCCUCGACAUAUUAAAACUCACACUGGAGAAAAGCCUUUUAAGUGUGACACAUGUGGGAAAAGCUUCACUCAAUCCUCAGGCCUUACUCAACAUAUUAAAACUCACACUGGAGAGAAGCCUUUUAAAUGUGACACGUGUGGAAAAGCCUUCACUCGUUCCUCAGGCCUUGCUCGACAUAAGAAAAUUCACACUGGAGAAAAUGUUUUUAAGUGUGACACAUGUGGGAAAACCUUCGCUCAACCCUCAAGCCUUAGUCAACAUAUGAAAACUCACACUGGAGAAAAACCUUUUAAGUGUGACACAUGUGGGAGACGUUUCACUCACUCCUCAGGCCGUAGUCAACAUAGGAAAACUCACAUGGGAGAGAAGCCUUUUAAGUGUGACACAUGUGGGAAAAGCUUCCUUCACUCCUCAGGCCUAACUCAACAUAUUAGAAUUCACACUGGAGAGAAGCCUUUUAAGUGUGACACAUGUGGGAAAAGCUUCACUGGAUCUUCAGGCCUUAGUCGACAUAUAAAAACUCACACUGGAGAGAAGCCUUUUAAGUGUGACACAUGUGGAAAAAAUUUCACUCAAUCCUCAGGCCUUAGUCAACAUAUGAGAAUUCACACUGGCGAGAAGCCUUUUAAAUGUGACACAUGUGGAAAAACCUUCACUCGAUCCUCAGGCCUUAUUGAACAUAUGAAUAUUCACACUGGAGAGAAGCCUUUUAAGUGUCACACAUGUGGAAAAACCUUCACUCAACUCUCAGGCCUUACUAAACAUACAAAAACUCACAGUGGAAAGAAGCCUUUUAAGUGAGACAUAUGGAAAAACCUUUGCUUCUUCAUCCCAUUUUAUUAGACAUUUACAGUCUCAUACUCGGUAGCAGACUAUUAAAUGUGACAAAUGUGGGAAAGCCUUUGCAAAUUCCUCAUAUCUUACUAGACAUUUUAGCACUCAUACUGUAGAGGAGCCUUUUAAGUAUGACAAAUGUGGAAAAACUCACUUGAUCCUCAAGCCUUACUGAAUAUUUGAAAACUCACAGAGGAGAGAAGCCUUUUGAGUGUAAUAUAUGUGGGAAAACAUUUCCCACUUUGUCACAUGUUAUCAUCCACAAGCAAAUCCACACUGUAGAGAAACCCCAUAAAUGUAAGGAAUAUGGGAAAGCAUUUCAUUAUUCCUCAAAUCUUUCUAAAAAUAAAAAAAAAAAUGUUAUUUAUAUAUUUUGGCCACACUGUGCAGCAUGUGGAAUGUUAGUUCUCUGAUCAGAGAUUGAACCUAGGCCCUCGGCAGUGAGAGCAGGAAGCCAUAACAACUGGACCACCAGGGAAUUCCUUUUCUAAGCAUUUUAUUUUUUUAUACAUUGUUAUUGGAGUAAAGUUGGUUUACAAAGUUGUGUUAGUUUCUGCUGUACAACAAAGUGAAUCAGCUAUAUGUAUACAUAUAUCCCCAUAUCCCCUCUCUCUUGAGCCUCCUUCCCACGUCCCCUAUCCCACCCCUCUAUAUUAUCACAGAGCAGUGAGCUGAUCUCCCUGUGCCAUGCAGCAGCUUCCCACUAGCUAUCUCUUUUACAUUAGUAGUGUAUAUGUGUGUCAGUGCAACUCUCUCACUAUGUUCCAGCCUCCGCUUCCCUUACUAUGUCUACAAGUCCGUUCUCUAUGUCUGUGUCUUUAUUCCUGCCCUACCACUAGGUUCCUCAGUACCAUUUUUGUAGAUUUCAUAUGUGUGCAUUAGCACAUAGUAUUUCUUUUUCUCUUUGUGACUUAUUUCACUCUGUAUGACAGACUCUAGGUCCACCCACCUCACUAUAAAUAACUCAGUUUCAUUCCUUUUCAUGGCUGAGUAGUAUUCCAUUGUAUAUAUGUGCCACGUCUUUAUCAAUUCAUUUGUCGAUUGACAUUUAGGUUGCUUCCAUGUCCUGGUUAUUGUAAAUAGUGUUGUAAUAAACAUUGUGGUACAUGUAUCUUUUUGAAUUUUGGUUUUCUCAGGAUAUAUGCCCAGUAGUGGGAUUGCUGGGUCAUAUGGUAGUUCUAUUUUUAGUUUUUUAGGAGUCUCCAUAGUGUUCUUCUUAGUGGUUGUAUCAAUUUACAUUCCGACUGACAGUGCAGAAGGGUUCCAUUUUCUCCACACCCUCUCCAGCAUGUAUUGUUUCUAAAUUUUUUGAUGAUGACCUUAGAUAGAUCCUAAUUGUCUGAAAUAAGACCCAAGGUUCCUACCGAAUUUGAUGCAGUUGCCUGAGUCUGCAACCUUUUGGCCCUGUUGAGAUAACUACUGCAGGUUGAGCUUAUUCUGCUGUUUGGCUUCCUAGUGAUAGUGUCAUCAGUAAGUGCUGAACAUGAUACAUCAAGCAAGUUGAGUCCCAGCUUUUGUUAGUGAGUGAUAAAGUGGCAUAUUCACAUGGAAAUUCUCCAAAAGCCAAGAUAAUGUAAGCUGUAUAUGCUACAACAUGGAUGAACCUGAAAAACAUUUUAAGUGAAAAUAAUCUGUUAAUAAAAGAUUGUAUGAUUUCAUUUACAUGAAAGUCUAGAAAGUAGAAAUCUAUAGACAGAAAAUAGAUUUGUAAUUGCUUAGAUGCUAAAAGAGGAAGGAAAUGGGGGGGGGGGGGUUUGACAGCCACAGGCUGCUUUAGAACCAAAGAAGAGAUUCUAAACUUGUGAUGGUUAUACAGGCCUGUGAAUAUGUCAAUACUAAAGAACAUUGAAUUGUAUGAAUUAAAAGGGUGUAUUGUAUGGUAGGUAAAUUAUAUCUCAAUAAAGCAGUUCCA